AUGCCCGAAUUAAGGGGAAUCAGCAAAAUCUUCCCUGCAAUAGAACAGGCAGAGGGCGCUGGCGCUCGAGUUCGGCGGUCUAUCGGCAGCAUGCGCAUGCGAAACUUCUCGCCCUUUCUCAUGCUCGACCACAUGAACGAGAACAAUAGCGCAGGCUUCCCGGAUCAUCCUCACCGAGGCCAAGAGACGGUAACAUAUAUCCUUAAGGGAUCCGCUGAGCAUAAAGACUUUCUUGGGAAUAAGGGUAUUCUCUAUGCUGGCGAUCUGCAAUUUAUAAUGGCAGGAAGAGUUGACCUCCCAAAGCAUCUGAAAAUGUGUGAACCGAGAUACCGAGAUCUGAGAGCCCGAGAAAUCCCAAUUGCACAUCUCGAUAACGGCAGGAUACUAGUCAAGAUUAUUUCGGGCACAUCCGGUAACGUCAAUAGCAUCAAAGACUUAGCAUACACCCCGGUUUGGUAUCUAGACGUCGAGAUCCAACCUGGUAGUGUACUCGUUCAGCCUGUUGAGGCAUAUAACACAGUCCUUUUCAAAACCAAAGGGGAGGCUAUUAGCAUCCAGGUUCCUGAAAAUACACCUAGCAAUACCCGCCUCCUUCUUAUCGCAGGCCAGAUAUUGGAUCAACCAGUUGUUCAACAUAGACCCUUUGUAUUAACUAGCACUGAGGGAGUCCAGCAAGCUUUUGAGGAUUUCUACAGUAGCAAGAACGGAUUCGAAAGGGCUAAGGGAUGGCAGAGUGAGAAUAUGAGGCGGAGAAUGAGUAUUUGA